UCGGUCGAGUAGAUGAGCGAAUUCAUCGCACGGCAGAGAUUUUACGACUGUAGUCUUGAGGACUGGUAAGGUCAUACCGGUCUUCGUCUGAUUCCUCAAAGCAAUCAACACAUUCCUGCGGCUGCAACUCACUUCCUCCGGCGGAUCAUUCCUCUUUCACAUCGUUGUCUGCACAUUCGCAUUCAGAUGGACUGGCAAGGGCAAAAGUUAGCGGAGCAGAUGAUGCAGAUCGUGUUGGUUGCAUCUGCCGUGGCGGCCUUUUGCACAGGCUAUAACGUGGGAUCGUUUCGGGUGAUGAUGUUGGUUUACGCUGGCGGUGUGGUUCUCACCACAUUAAUCACUGUUCCGAAUUGGGCUUUCUUCAAUCGCCACCAGCUCAAGUGGCUGGAUCCUAGCGAGGCUGAAAAAUACCCCAAGCCUGAGCCGCCUGUGGUUUUGAAGAAGAAACCUAUUAAGAAGUAGGUCAGUUUGACCGAUCUUGUUCUUGUAUUAGCAUACAGUUUGAACCAUUGGAUGUCUAGUGUCCACAGAAUGAUGAUACAUGCACCGUUGUUAUGGAUUACAAUUUUGAAGUUUUAGAGAAAGACAAUUAUCUUUUAUGCCUUUGGCUAUUGCUUUUGAUUCCUAAAUUAUCGUGAAGACAUCCUAAAAAAUUAAACUGAUCUGAUUUGUCUAGAGGAUGGACAUUGCUUGUCAUCCACACACCAGAAUAUCCAGGAAGACUUUUCAAUUUUACAUAAUUCAACAUUCCUAUGC